AUGGCUACCCCCAGCCCUGCAGCGGAGACGGGGGCGGGGAGCGACUCAUCUGCGGGUCGCGCCGCCCGGAAGCAAUUGGAGGAGGCACUGGGUAAACUUGACAUCUCAGAGGAAGAAGCGACUCCUCUGAUACUAGAUGAUCGCAACGACGACGGGCCGAAGAAGUGGUUGGUGGCUGGCAAGGUACUGCAUCGUAACCAACUCCACAUCCAGACUAUCACCAACGCUCUCCGGCCGGCGUGGGGCAAUCCGCGAGGUCUUCAAUUCAGAUCUACGGGAGUCAAUGUCUUCGUGGCGGAAUUUGAGAGCCAGAGAGACAGAGAUAGGGUUUGGGGUGGAUCCCCAUGGCACAUCAACAAGAAUGCCGUGAUUUUGGCAGAGUUUGAUGAGUGCAUGAGACCCGAUGAGGUGAAGUUUGACAAGCUAUUGGUGUGGGCUAGGGUUGUGAACUUGCCAUACAAUCUUCGGGAUGAAACCUGGUGGAAUCCCAUAGCCAAACAGAUGGAUAAGAAUGCAUCUUCGGUUAAAUUUGAGCACAAUGGUGGAUACUUGAGAGCCAGGAUUUCUAUUGAUGUUGCCAAGCCACUUAGGCGUUGGAUUUUGAUCGACUCGGCUAGGAGGAAAAAGGUGGAUAUGUAUGACAUUCAGUAUGAACAGAUACCCUACUUUUGUUUCUCCUGUGGAAGACUAGGGCAUUCGGAGCUAUAUUGCCCUAAUCCUGGUUCUAGAGGUGAGAAGGGCGAGCUGCCGUUUGGUCCCAACCUGAGGGCUCCAGAGGAGUUCUGGAAGCCAGCUAGUAGUGGUAACACAUCACGGUCAGGUGCUAGCAAGCCGGCCACAAAGAAUUCCAGCACUAACAAGGACAAAGUUCUUGGAACCCCAUUCUGUUGUUUUCUGCAGGGGGUGUCAUGUGAUCUCUUCAAUGGCCUGUGGCACCCAACAGUGGUCAGCAUCGGUCCGGUGCUCGACAACUCGCUGCAGUGCGCCCCGGACGCCAGGUUCAGCCCCCAGCUCUUCGACCUCCGGCGCCUCAAGAGCCUCACCUUCUACGCCUGCUUCCCGGCGACCAACCCCACGGCGAUCCCGGCCGCGAACUGGGACAGGCUCGCCGGCACCCUCGAGACGCUCGAGUUCCGCUCCAACCCGGGCCUGGCCGGCGCCAUCCCGGCGUCCCUCGGCCGCCUGGCCAGCCUGCAGUCCCUGGUCCUCGUCGACAACAACCUCACGGGCGCCGUGCCGCCGGAGCUCGGCGGGCUGGCGAAGCUGCGGCGGCUCGUGCUGUCCGGGAACGGGCUGUCGGGCCCGGUGCCGGCGACGCUCGGUGGGCUCAAGGGGCUGCUCAAGAUGGACCUCAGCAACAACCGCCUCGACGGCCGCAUCCCGCCGGAGCUCGCCGGCCUCGAGAGCCUCACGCUGCUCGACCUCCGGAACAACAGCCUCACCGGCGGGCUGCCGGAGUUCGUGCUGGGGAUGCCGGCGCUGCAGGACCUGCUGCUCUCCAGCAACCCGCUGCUGGGAGGCACCCUGAUGCAGCGCGGCUGGGAGAAGAUGGCGAGCCUGGCCACGCUGGACCUGUCCAACGUCGGCCUCGCCGGCGCCAUCCCGGAGUCCAUGGCGGGGAUGCCCAGGCUACGGUUCCUCGCGCUGGACCACAACCGCCUCUCGGGCACCGUGUCGGCCAAGCUCGCCUCGCUGCCGAGCAUCGGCGCGAUGUACCUCAACGGCAACAACCUGACGGGGGCGCUGGAGUUCUCGCCGGCGUUCUACGAGAGGAUGGGCAGCCGGUUCGCCUCCUGGGACAACCCCGGCCUGUGCGCCGCGGAGACGGCCGGGGGCGCGCCGACCGGCGUGGCCGUGUGCAAGGACGCGCAGGACCCGCCUCGCGUCGGCGUGAGGGACGGGAUGGAUGGGGGCGGGAAGAAGCCCGAGGCGAGCUCCAGCCUCCCGGCGUCCUCCUCUUCGUCUGCCAUGGUCGCCGUGCUCUGGUGGUCGGUGCUGGUUCAGGGGAUGGCGAUGGCGUUGUAGUCGAGGAAAGAAAGACAUGGAUGAAGCUUGUAGUUAGCUCGAUCGGCUGGUUUCCAUGGUGCUCUAGUAUUCUUUUGGCAUUUUGGUCGCGCUGUUCUUGGCAUUCUGUUCUCCUCUCUUGUGUCGGGGGAUGAAGGGAGAACAGAUGCAGAAGCAGGAGGAGUCUAGCGGUUAAUUAAUCACAGUAGAUUAUGGGUUCAGAAAGGAGCGUGUAGUGACAGACAGGUAGCUUGUUCUUUUGGGUGUAAUUAGGCCUGUUUCCGGUUUCAAGUUGCAGGAUGUGGAUAUAUGCAAAGGUUGACAGCA